AAAAGCCCUGCUUAGUCUUUGCAAGUUGUGCUUCUAAUCUGAACACAGCUUGUAGUGAAUCUGCAGGAAAAUAUUAUCCACACAAAGAAGGCAGCAAUGGUUCUUUACCACAAAGAGUUUGCCGAUGCUGGCAAGAAAACUGGACUUCAGAUCUGGAGAAUUGAGAAGAUGGACUUGGCACCUGUGCCAGAAAAUCUGCAUGGCAACUUCUAUGUAGGAGAUGCAUACAUUGUGCUGAACACCAUAAUUAAAAAUAACAACUCCUUCUACGAUCUCCACUACUGGCUGGGGAAGGAGUGUUCUCAAGAUGAGAGCACAUCGGCAGCCAUAUUCUCAGUGCAGCUGGAUGACUACCUUGGAGGAAAACCUGUCCAGUACAGAGAAAUCCAAGGAUAUGAGUCUAGUGCUUUUGUUGGUUACUUCAAAGGUGGACUUAAAUACAAGGCUGGUGGUGUCGCAUCCGGGUUUCAGCAUGUAGUGACCAAUGACCUUAGUGCAGAGAGACUGCUUCACAUCAAAGGAAGAAGAGUGAUCAGGGCUACCGAAGUCCCGCUUAGCUGGGCAAGCUUCAACAGUGGGGAUUGUUUCAUCGUUGAUCUGGGAGCUGUGAUUUAUCAGUGGUGCGGUUCAUCGUGCAAUAAGUAUGAACGCUUCAAGGCUGCACAGGUUGCUAAUGGAAUUCGUGAUAACGAGAGGAAAGGAAGGGCUCAGCUAGUAGUCGUGGAAGAAGGAAGUGAACCAGAUGAACUCACCAAGAUUUUAGGAAAGAAGCCAACGCUGCCUGCAGGAAGUGAUGAUGAUGAUGUUGCAGAUAUUACAAAUCGAAAAAUAGCAAAGCUCUAUAUGGUAUCUGAUGCAAGCGGCUCCAUGAAAGUGUCAGUAGUUGCAGAGGUAAAUCCAUUCUCGAUAGAUAUGCUUCUCUCCGAGGAGUGCUUUAUUCUGGACCACUCUGCAGACAAAAAGAUCUUUGUUUGGAAAGGUAAGAAUGCUAAUGUUAGUGAGCGAAAGGCGGCUAUGAAGACAGCCGAAGACUUUAUACAACAAAUGAAUUACCCUGCUAACACCCAGAUUCAAGUGCUGCCUGAAGGAGGAGAGACACCAAUUUUCAAACAGUUUUUCAAAGACUGGAGAGACAAGGACCAGACUGAAGGACUUGGAAAAGUGUAUGUUACAGAAAGGAUCGCCAAUAUUCAGCAGGUGGAAUUCGAUGCUUCCAGGUUACAUGAGUCUCCAGAAAUGGCAGCUCAGCACAACAUGGUGGAUGAUGGUUCAGGAAAAGUAGAGAUAUGGCGCGUGGAAAGUAAUGGCAGGAUCCCAAUAGAUGCAAAUACUUAUGGACAGUUUUAUGGUGGAGACUGUUACAUUAUCUUAUAUACUUAUCCGAAAGGCCAAAUCAUUUAUACAUGGCAGGGAGCCCAAGCUACUAGAGAUGAGUUAACAACAUCUGCCUUCCUGACGGUGCAGCUGGAUCGUUCUCUCGGGGGCAUGGCUGUACAGGUUCGGGUCACCCAAGGAAAGGAGCCUGCACAUUUACUGAGCUUGUUCAAAGACAAGCCACUUGUCAUAUUCAAAGAUGGAACAUCCAGGAAGGGAGGUCAGGUGCCGCCUAGCGCCGUGCGGCUUUUCCAAGUCCGAAGAAACCUAUCAUUUAUCACUCGGAUAGUGGAGGUCGAGGCAGAUGCCAGCCUGCUUAAUUCCAAUGAUGUGUUCGUUCUGAAAUUAAAGAAUAACUCUGGAUAUAAGUGGACUGGAAAAGGUGCCAGCGGUGAAGAGGAAGUGGGAGCAGAUUAUAUAGCUAACAUACUAAAAUGCAAAACUACAAAAAUAAACGAAGGACAGGAACCAGAUGAAUUCUGGAGUUCCCUGGGGGGUAAGAAGCAAUACCAGACAUCCACUUUGCUGCAAUCUCAGCUGGCAGAUCAUCCUCCGAGGCUGUACGGCUGUUCAAACAAGACAGGGAGAUUUGUGGUUGAAGAAGUCCCUGGAGAGUUUACACAAGAGGAUUUAGCAGAAGAUGAUGUCAUGCUGCUGGAUGCAUGGGAACAGCUAUUCCUAUGGAUUGGAAAAGAUGCCAAUGAAGUUGAAAAGAAAGAAUCUUUGAAAACAGCCAAGCAGUAUAUUGAGACGGACCCUUCAGGAAGAGAUAAGGGUAUUCCAAUUAUAACAGUGAAACAGGGGCACGAGCCCCCAACAUUUACUGGAUGGUUCUUGGCCUGGGACUCUGCAAAAUGUUGAGACCUUGAUGGACCUUGUAACACAAACAACAGUAAUAUCUGUCGAGCCAUUGUUUGCAUUGUUAUGUUUUGCAGUAUGUCUGUUUUAUAUUAGCAUGCACAUGAUAUAGCCCAAAUUCAUUGAGUUGCACUAUUACAACCCUUUGUGUUCCAGAGAAGCAGUGAAUAUCUGGAACUUUUACAAUGUAUACUUCAAAUAUUUCACAAUGUUAUCAGUUACAGCCAUGUGGAUUAUUUGUGUUGGUCCUGACAUUACAACCUUGUCAUCUUAAGGGGCAUCCUUUACAAUCAACUCACUGCCAAACUCUACACAUCCAGCCUUGGUUUAGACCUAAUUAUUAAUCUAACUAUUGAAGGUCGGGUCUGACCCUAAACUUUUCCUGAGAGUUAAUCCGGUAAGUGAUAUUAGAUUAAAAGUUAAUUGCUCCCUUCAGAGUCACGUAAAGACUUAACGAAUGGCGCACAAUCGAAAGGGUAUAUAAAAAAAAUCUCACUGGUGAAAUUUUAAAAGGGAAAAAACUUAUGCAUUUCUGGGUAUGCUGUUACUUUUGAGUUACCCAUGGAUUUUUUUACUCUGCACUAUAAUAGAUUUUUGUUAAUGAAUGAGGCUCUAUUAUCACAAAAAAAUAAAAAUGGGAAAAAUCACAUUGUGGAUACUUUCGAUAAACACUGUGUUUCCUAUUGGCACAAUGUAUGCUGUUCAUGUUUUGGUAAUAUUGCUAUUGCUACAAGGUUUUUUUAUGCAUUCUAUUUUAAUUUUGCAUUUAAGACAUUUACUUAAAAUGUUGUUGUUAUUAAUUGUCAUGGUUGACUUUUUAACUGAGCAUUAAAAAGUGAUUACAAUUUC